ACAACAACAAUAUCAACACAUUGAUCAUCAUCAUGCUCACAAACAACAACAAUAAGAAGAAGAAGAACAACAACAACAAGUCCUACAACACCAUCUCUCCGAUCAUUCUCCUCAUAAUUGCAACACUCACAAGCCAUGAUCAUCAAGCCAAAGCCACCACCUUCAUGUAUGCAAACUGCUCUCCCGCCAAAUACACCCCCAACACUCCUUACCAAACCAACCUUGACACCCUCCUCUCCACCCUCAUCUCCUUGUCCUCCCAAUCAUCUUACAACUCCUUCUCCACCGGCACCAGCGACACCGCUGUCUUCGGCCUAUACCAAUGCCGGAACGACUUGAACUCCGCUGAUUGUUCCACUUGCAUUCAGAGCUCAGUGAACCAACUAAACUUGGUCUGUCCUCAAUCCAUGGAUGCAUCUCUUCAGCUUGAAGGCUGUUUCAUGUCUUACAGCCAUGAAGAUUUCAGAGGAAAGCUUGACACCACUUUGGUGUACAAGAAGUGCACUGAGAGUAGAACAAAUGAUGGGGACUUUUUUAGGAGGAGAGAUGAUGUGAUUGCAGAUUUGGAGGUGUCUGGAGGAUUUAGAGUGAGUAGGUCUGGGACUGUGCAGGGUUAUGCUCAGUGUUUGGGAGAUUUGAACUCCGGUGACUGCCGACAGUGCGUCGAGGUGGCUGUGCAGCAGCUUAAGGAGGCUUGUGGAUCAGCACUGGCAGCUGAUGUGUUUUUGGCUAAGUGUUAUGCUAGGUAUUGGGCUUCUGGUUAUUAUACUUCAUCUUCUUCUUCAGAUUAUUCAGAUGAUGACGUAGGAAGAACAGUGGCUAUAAUUGUUGGUAUCUUGGCAGGGUUGGCUGUCAUUGUAGUCUUCAUCUCCUUUCUUAGAAAAGCAUGCUAAUUAAAGAGUGCACCAAAGUGAUGAAGCUAAAGCACUAAGCCAUGAAUGACAUGAAGAAGGACUAGCGUUCAUGCCAGUGUUUUUAACUUUGUUUUUUUUUUUUUUACUUUCUGAAAUGAAGAAGAAGAAGAAGUAGAGAGAUGGAGUUAAUGGUUAUGAAGAUUGUUAUAAUUUUGAACUGUUUGGCUCCAUAAUCAUGGGAGGAAUGAGGAUCAGGAUUCAUUUGAUGUCUAGAUCAUUUUGUAUGGAAUUCAUUUGAUGAGGAUCAGGAUUCAUUGUGAUUUUGGUGAAUGUUACUUUUGUUUUGUUA